AUGCGCGGCACGCCAGUGGGAACGUCCUUGAUGGCACAUGUGAGUCGAGUCUUUCGCCCCGGUCGUCAGGGUAUGACUGGGAUGCUCUCCGCGGCUCGUUGGGAGAGUACGAGCGCUACAUCCAAGGCCACCGAGCCUCCGGCGGCCGCCUCGGAACCUAUCCCGGUUCGUUACCCUUACUUUGUCUCGCGCGUCGGCCUGGGUGGCAUGAGCCUGCCUGUAUAUACAGACAUACGUCAUGGCGGAUCCCAGUGGAUCACGCAGAUCCGCAAAGUCGAGGGAGAUGCGAAUGCUUUCUGCCGUGACUUGUUCGAUGAAUUUGGCUGGGGUGAUCCAUUCGAUCCCGCCAAUGCGUAUGCGCGUAUGCUCAUGCGUAUCUCCAAGCAGGCAGGACCUAAAACUAUCUUCUUGCGAAGCAACGUAGCUCGCGAGGUCAAGUCUUGGCUUGAAUACCGCGGCUUCUAA